UUCACUUCUCCCAAGCCCCCGACUGCCCAUCCUACAUGUUCUACAGGUCUCUUGGGACCCUCUUCGGCUGCCCCUCUAGGGGUCCCGAAACUCUUCAGGACGGAAAAGAGAGCUGGAUUGAAAGAUGUCUCAAUGAAAGCGAGAACAAACGCUAUUCCAGCCACACAUCUCUGGGGAAUGUGUCUAAUGAUGAAAAUGAGGAAAAAGAAAACAAUAGAGCCUCCAAGCCACACUCCACUCCUGCCACUCUGCAAUGGCUGGAGGAAAACUAUGAGAUUGCCGAAGGCGUCUGCAUCCCCCGCAGUGCCCUCUACAUGCACUACCUGGAUUUCUGUGAGAAGAAUGACACACAACCUGUCAAUGCUGCCAGCUUCGGGAAGAUCAUAAGGCAGCAGUUCCCUCAGCUAACCACCAGAAGACUCGGGACCCGAGGACAGUCAAAGUACCAUUACUAUGGGAUAGCAGUGAAGGAAAGCUCCCAGUAUUAUGAUGUGAUGUAUUCAAAGAAAGGAGCUGCCUGGGUGAGCGAGACGGGCAAGAGAGAAGUGACCAAACAGACAGUGGCAUAUUCUCCCCGGUCCAAGCUUGGGACAUUGCUGCCAGACUUUCCAAAUGUCAAAGAUCUAAAUCUGCCAGCCAGUCUUCCUGAGGAAAAGGUAUCCACCUUUAUUAUGAUGUACAGAACGCACUGUCAGAGAAUACUGGACACUGUCAUAAGAGCCAACUUUGACGAGGUUCAAAGUUUCCUUCUGCACUUUUGGCAAGGAAUGCCACCCCACAUGCUGCCCGUGCUCGGCUCCUCCACGGUGGUGAACAUCGUGGGCGUGUGUGACUCCAUCCUGUACAAGGCCAUCUCCGGGGUUCUGAUGCCCACGGUGCUGCAGGCACUGCCGGAUAGCUUAACUCAGGUGAUCAGAAAGUUUGCAAAGCAGCUGGACGAGUGGCUGAAAGUGGCUCUCCACGACCUCCCAGAAAACCUGAGAAACAUCAAAUUUGAACUAUCAAGAAGGUUUUCCCAAAUUCUGAGACGGCAAACAUCGCUGAAUCAUCUUUGCCAGGCAUCUCGAACGGUGAUCCACAGUGCAGACAUCACAUUCCAGAUGCUGGAGGACUGGAGGAAUGUGGACCUGAACAGCAUCACCAAACAAACCCUCUACACCAUGGAGGACUCCCGGGACGAGCACCGCAGACUCAUCGUCCAGUUGUACCAGGAGUUUGACCACCUGCUGGAGGAGCAGUCGCCUAUCGAGUCUUACAUAGAAUGGCUGGAUACCAUGGUAGACCGAUGCGUUGUGAAGGUGGCUGCCAAGAGACAAGGGUCCCUGAAGAAAGUAGCGCAACAGUUCCUGUUGAUGUGGUCUUGCUUUGGUACAAGGGUGAUCCGGGACAUGACCUUGCACAGUGCUCCCAGCUUUGGGUCUUUCCACCUAAUUCACUUGAUGUUUGAUGACUACGUGCUCUAUUUACUAGAGUCGCUGCAUUGUCAGGAGCGGGCCAACGAGCUCAUGCGGGCCAUGAAGGGAGAAGGAAGCAGCACUGCGGAAGUCCAGGAAGAGGUCAUCUUGACCGAGGCUACCCCACCCACCCCUUCACCAGUACCAUCAUUUUCUCCAGCAAAAUCUGCCACAUCUGUGGAGGUGCCACCUCCAUCCUCCCCUGCCAGCAACCCAUCCCCCGAGUACACUGGCCUUAGCACAACAGGAGCAAUGCAGUCAUAUACGUGGUCGCUGACAUACACAGUGACGACAGCUGCUGGGUCCCCAGCUGAGAACUCCCAACAACUUCCCUGUAUGAGGAGCACCCAUGUGCCUUCUUCUUCUGUCACACACAGGAUACCAGUCUACUCCCACAGAGAGGAGCACGGGUACACAGGAAGCUAUAACUACGGGAGCUAUGGCAACCAGCAUCCUCACCCAAUGCAGAGCCAGUAUCCAGCCCUGCCUCAUGACACGGCCAUCUCUGGGCCACUCCACUACUCCCCUUACCACAGGAGCUCUGCACAGUACCCUUUUAAUAGCCCCACUUCCAGGAUGGAACCUUGUUUGAUGAGCAGUACCCCCAGGCUGCAUCCUACCCCAGUCACUCCCCGCUGGCCAGAGGUGCCAACAGCCAACGCAUGCUACACAAGCCCGUCUGUGCAUUCCACGAGGUACGGAAACUCUAGUGACAUGUACACACCCCUGACCACGCGCAGGAAUUCUGAGUACGAGCACAUGCAACACUUUCCUGGCUUUGCUUACAUCAACGGAGAGGCCUCCACUGGAUGGGCUAAAUGACUGCUUUCAUAGGAAUCCAUAUUUAAUAUUAAUAAUUAAUAAUAAUAAACCCAAUACCCACUCUCAAGAAGACUUUAUCUCUAUACAUGAUAACUCGCGGGCUGUUCCUAAGCAUCCAUUUUCCUAAUGAACAAGAGGAUGUCAACAUGAGAUGAAUAGACUUUAGUUCAGAAACGGAACUUACUAAAAGUCACUGGGAUUGGGCUCCUGUAGCCAAGCCAGGCUUGACUGCUUCUAUAGAGCACUACUGUGGGCAGGCCAAUCUGUGCCUUUCCCCUCUGUUCCAUGACCUUGCAUGGCAACCACUCCCUGUAGGGUACUUAUUUUCUUGUUGACAAAGCUCUUUAGUCUUGAAGGAUGGAUACUGGAGCCAAAAUCUGGUUUGUGUUCUUGGAUUGGCACACCAUUUACCAAGAGCAUUUGCCUUGCCAUGUCUGUCAUCUCACUGUACAGUUACCAGCCCUCAGACAUGUUAUUCACCUCCCUACUUCCUGCUGGUGUCAUCCCUAC